CGAAGGAAGGAGAUUGCGACAACUCAUCCUAGUUUACGCAAAGGCAAAGGUAAAGGGCGGGCCGGGUCUUCUUCUCAAAGUCGAGAAGAUUUUGAAACGGAGUACCAAAUGCGAGAUGGAGAUGCGAUGUCCGACGAGCAACUACAACAACUAUUGGCGCAAAAUGAUGGUCGCUUUUUCCAUCAACAAAACAUCCCGGAGUCCAUUGACGAAGAGGAGCUCGAAGAUGAGGAUGUGGAGGAGGACGCGGGGGGCAACGGCAGUCACGGCAUCCCAGAUGAUCAGCAAGAGUUGGAGGACGAGGGUGAUUCAUAUGAAGAUGGUAAGAAGUCUAAAUCUCCUAUUAUAGAAAAUAAUUUUACAAAGAGGAAAGACAAAACAACCGAUAAAUGGUACGCAAGUUGCAAUCAGUGCAAUAAGGAGUAUAGCUUGGGAACUUCCGGCGGAUACGAAAGCCUCAAAAGGCAUCUUAAGUCCUCGCACUUUGUGGAGUAUGCGAAAAUAGACAAAGGCAAGGGGAAGCAAACUCAAAUAUCGAGGUUUGCAAAUGACCAACCUUUUGGUAAUUUCUCAUACAAUGAUGCAAGAAAUUUGACUGGUAUGGCUAACUUACUUGUUGAAGAAAAUUUGUCUUAUUUGUUUUCUGAAAGUCUUGCUUUUAAAUAUUAUGCACAAACUUGUUUAAAUCCUCAAUUUAGAGGUUAUAGUCGCAAAACGGUUAAGAAAGAAAUUAUAAGGCUUUAUCGUGCGGAAAAGGAUAGGUUACAAAAAAAAAUUGCAAACUUUGAUGGCCAUGUUACUAUUUGUUCUGACAUUUGGGAGGAUACUUAUCAUAAUUUACAUUAUUUGGGUCUUAUUGCACAUUUUAUUGAUAAUGAUUGGAAUUUGCAUAAAUGUAUUCUUGCUUUUCGUGAAUUUAAUAAUCGUCACACUGCUGAACAUAUUUAUAUUUUGAUUGAACGUAUUCUGAGGCCGUUUGGAGGACUUGAUAUAGGCUGAUAAGCCUGAAACUAGGGGAAAAAAUGCCAAACACCCAUCUAAUGGGCUGUUUUGGCUGAUAAUUAUUAUCAGAACAAAAAACAACUCCCUGACUACUUUUAUAGCUGAAAUCGAUUAUUUGACUAUUGGCUAGCAAAAAGGCCAUCUUAUCCUCCUGCAUACAGAAUACUACUUUAUUGCUGGAAAAUAACUGGAAUACAUAGCUUCAAACCUCUCCUUUGCAAUCGAAGGUUUCUUGCUGGGCUGUUGUCUCUCUUCUUCUUACGAGACCAAUGUCCCACUCCGAUUUGUUUUUACGAGAUACAAGUAUACGAUUUUCUAUGCUCCAGGUUCCAUGUUAUUUAUUGUUCUUGCCAUUCUAAAAAUGGCCGAUUAUAAUGUUUUAAGAAUGCUUAAUAACAGAAACAUUAGGAAUAUAAUAUUCCUUUGGAGUUGUAAGAGCUGCACACUCGUUUGAACAUGUAGGCCAAGAUCUAACUUCGUCUACAAUAAAAAAAAAAACCUAAUAUCCUUUAUGGUAAAUUUACACUAAAACAGCCAUUUCAGCUGAAAUAUUACCAAACGCUUUCACUUCAGAAAUUUCAGCCUGAUCAGCCAUUUCAGCUGUUGCAGCUGUUACCAAACGGCCCCUCUAAAUGAGUAUAAUUUGAUUGAUAAGGUGUUUGCUAUAGGUUUUGAUAAUGCUACUAAUAAUACUGCUGCUAUACCUAGAUUGCGUAAAUUGUGUGGUUCUAAUACUUUGAUGGGUAGAUUUUUUCAUCAACGAUGUGCAUGCCAUGUUAUAAAUUUAUGUGUGCAAGACGGUCUAAAAUCGUUAGGAGAUGCUAUGGAGGUAGUCAAGGGGGGAUUAGACGUAUUUGGAGUAAUGGUCAACUUAAAUUAAAAUGGAAAAAUUAUUUGAUUGAAAGAGGUGUGAAAUAUGUUGCUUUUCCUAAAGAUUUGUCUAUUCGCUGGAAUAGUACUUAUAAAUUAAUUAAAGUUCUUCUUAGAUAUAAAGAAUAUUUUCCUGCUUUUUUAAGACAAUAUGAUAACUAUAUUUUAAACUCCGCUCACAUCGACACUUGCAAAAAAUUUGAAAUGUUUUGAUAUUUUUUAAUAAUGCAACCAAAAGUUUUAGUCAUGUUUAUAAACCUACCUCAAACGAAUUUAUUCGUGAAGUUAUUAAUCUCAUCGGUGCUUUUAAUGAAUUUGAGAAUGCCGCUUAUGUGAGUUAUUUUUUUGGUUUUAUGAAGGAAAAGUUUUUAAAAUAUUAUGCACAUAUUCCGCAUAUUUAUGGUAUUGCAUUUAUUCCCGAUCCUCGUUUUAGACUUGGUAAUUUGGAAAAUUGUUUGAAGUUCUAUUAUCAUGCUUUUUUUGGUCCAUUUCCAAUGUAUGACGAUAACGCCAUAGAUCCGCAAGUUGAAUACAACGAGGUUAGUAAUUUAUUUUAUGCCUUAUUUAAUGAGUUUCAUGCACAAUAUGGCAACACGCCCUCUCCCCGGACACACACAUCUUCAUCUAAAGGAAAAUCACUUUUUAAAUCUGCUUUUGGCAAUCUUAUGAAAAAACUAAAACAACUCACACUACUGAACAAAGCGCACUUGAUGAGAUUUCUUUGUAUAUAAAUUAUGAGGUAGAAUUUGACGAAAAUGAGGAGUUUGACGUUCUAAAGUGGUAGAAGUCAAAAGAAAGAAUGUUCCCGAUUUUGGCACAGAUGGCUAAGCAAGUGCUAUCAAUGCCGGUUUCAACAGUUGUCGUGGAACAAGAAUUUAGUUCGGCCGGCGACGUUCUAACGACAUCUAGAACGAGUUUGAGCGCAAAGUCUCUUGAGACGCUUAUAUGCUACCACGAUUGAUUGAAGACCAUACGUAGAACUCAAGAAAUUAGCAUCACCCCCCUCCCAAGACUUUAUGGAUGAAUCAACAACCGAGGGUGGCUCCUAUGCCGGAGAUUCCGAUUGAUUAAUAUUUUACAAUUUAUUAUAAAAUGUAUUUCAUGUUUUAAUUUUUCCCUCAAUUCCCUAUUGUAAUUUGUAAACUUGUAGUUUAUAUUUCAAAUAAAUAUAAAUUAUUUUUUUUAUAUGUAGCACUUCUCAAAUUAAUUAAUUGGUUACAAA